AAUAGAAUCCUCCUACCUUCUUAAAAGGCCUACUGUGAGCUGCCAGUCCCACUUUUCCCCCCUCCGCCCCUUGCUUAUUGUUUCCCUAUGGAAGUUUACACCUGAGAAGGCAUGUGUUUCAAUUCAGAAGCAAUGUCUGUGGUAUGAAAUCAUGAAAGCUAAUUGAUUUGGGGAUGACACUUGCAGCUCUUGCUCAGGGAGCAUCAUCUUCUAACCUACAGAGUUAAGUUAGAUGCAAUAGAAGAGAACUCUGCACAUGCUAUUAAGCUCUUUUGCCCUCAUUUCAAAGCUCAGCUCAUUCUCGUAUUUUGUUAAGAAGCAAUGUGGUAUGACUGGGAUAAGAAAGAAAAAGAAAAGCAUGUUGUCACUUGAGACUGCCUUAGAAAUGUUUCCCAGUCAGGGUUGGGUGUUUCCUGUCCUUUGGAAGAGAACAGGCCUAAACAGUACCUUCCUUAUCCUAUAGCUGCGAGGAAGGCACCAUGAUCGAGGUUAGAGAUGUCUGACUGCUGAUUUCUAAUUGAGUGUAAACGAAACUAACUUUAAAUAUGUAACAAAACGAUAGAAGUGAAAAAAUGCUGUAUUUUUUAAAAAACCUAUUUGACAUAAAUUGUGUUUCUUGAACAAAAUGUAAAAAACCUAGAGAACGAAAUUGCAAAGUCAACAGGAGAAUCAGAGACCUAUAUUUAAAUUUUGUGCCUGCUUCCUGGAUUUUGUGCGUAUUAUUUAGUUUCUUUAAGCCUCAGUUUCUUCAUGUAAAAUGGGGAAAAUAAUAUGUAUUUCAUAGAAUUAUUCUAAAGAUCAAAUAAAGGCUUUAAAGCCUUUAGCACCGUGUCUGGACCAGAGUAGCCGCUUAAUCAAUGGCAGCUAUACUGAUAAUAAUAACUUAAUAUUACUGAAUACUUUAUCAGGCCAAAAAAGGAAAGAAAGAAGAAGACAUGGGGAGUGCAAGGGAGGGUGAUAACAAAAUGAACUGAUUAUGUGUAUAUAAAGUAGAUUACAUUAGGCAGGGGUGUCAUGAGGAUUAGUGUGAUAGUGACCUUGUUGCUAAGUGCAAAAGCAAAACAAUGACAUAAAAACAAGUAGGCUCAGCACUGAGUGGAGGAGAGAGAUGGAGGCAGACACUGCAGGAAAAAAAGCUGAUUAGAAAGGGGCCUUUGAUUCCACAGGCACAAAAAUCCACAGCCAGGAAUUUGCUGCCACCUCUGAGUCAGGCAGGGGGGUGGGGGUGGGGUGCACAAUCCCAUUAGUAGAGAAUGCCCAGUGGAUUUAGUCUGAGAGUCACAUUUCUUAUUUGGACCAGUGUAGACAGAAGCAAACCCAGCUCACUUGUUUCCUGGGACAGUUGAGUUAGGGGAUGGCUUUUGCAGAGCACUCAACGCUGACCCCUCACCGCCGGGACCUCUGUAGCCGCUCUAUCUGGCUAGCGAGGAAGAUUCGUUCAGACCUGACUGCUCUUUUGGAAUCUUAUAUGAAGCAUCAGGGCCUGAACGAGAACAUAAACCUGGACUCUGUGGAUGGUGUGCCAGUGGCAAGCACUGAUCGAUGGAGUGAGCUGACUGAGGCAGAGCGACUCCAAGAGAACCUCCAAGCUUAUCGUGCCUUCCAUGUUAUGUUGGCUAGGCUUUUAGAAGACCAACAGGUGCAUUUUACUCCAGCUGAAGGGGAUUUCCAUCAAGCAAUACAUACCCUUCUACUCCAAGUUGCUGCCUUUGCUUACCAGCUGGAGGAAUUAAUGAUGCUUCUGGAACACAAGAUCCCCCCCAACGAGGCUGAUGGGAUGCCAAUCAUUGGUGGAGAUGGUGGUCUCUUCGAGAAGAAGCUGUGGGGCCUAAAGGUGUUGCGAGAGCUUUCACAGUGGACAGUGAGGUCCAUCCAUGACCUUCGAGUCAUUUCUUCUCAUCAGACUGGGAUUCCAGCACAUGGGAGCCAUUAUAUUGCUAAUGACAAGAAAAUAUAGCAGUUAUCCCUCCUCUCUCUCCCUCCUUCCUUUUCUAAUGGAAUAUACACAGCUCUGAGGCCUCACUUUCCCAUUCUUAAGUUUUAAAAGGUUGGAAGUUUUCUAACCUUUGAGACUAUUGGCAUUUUCAUCAAGUAGGGUUGGAGACAUGGAUAGUUGGGCAUACAGGUUUAAUCGGGUGUGCGUGUGUGUGUUGGGACCAUAAGGGAGUGGGGGCAAAGGCACCAUCCUUCCACAUUAGUGCUCUAACCUUUUCUACCCACUAAGUUAACUUUACAAGGAUUUAACAGCCUUGCAGGAUAAAUACAUGUUUAACUUUAGUCCUAGAUGACUUUUCUGGGAAGAUUGAAACAGUGAAUUAAAAAAUCCUGGACUCUAGCCAAUUCAAACUCUCGGAUAAUAAAAAUAAUAACUAAUAUUUAUUGAGUAUCUAUUGUAGCGAUAUGCCAGGGGCUCUGUGUAUAUUACAGUUUUCACAACAACCCUGUUGAGGGAGGUAGUGUUAUUCCCAUCUGGUAGAUGAGAAAACAGAACUUAUAACUUGGUCAAGGUUACCCAGCUAGCAAAUGGCACAUUUAAGUUUGAACCCAGAUAUUUCUCAUUCCAAAGCCUAUGUGCCCUUCACUUUAGAGGCCUGAUUAUGACCUUCUAUCACUGCACCUGUUUGCCACAGAAGGUUGGAAAAUACAUCCAUGUAGUCUACUCCCAGCACUGGAAAACAAUCCCCACUAUAUAUCCUGAUAGGUCAAUGACACGAUUUUAGUGUGAAAGGCAAUAUUUGUUGCCCACGCUUGGCAAAGAUGAGAGCAAUGGAGAUGUUAAGAUUCUGUUUGGGGAAAAGAGUAGGCCCACCAGACUUCUGAAAUUAGGAAAUUGAGGAUGUGCAGUAAUACAGCCUGCUUUAUAAAGUGUCCACAAAUGGGUUGGGUUGGGCACACCCCAUAGCAACUUACCUCGCAUUUAUUGUGAUCAGCAGUGUAGCACUAUAGGCCCUGUAAGCAAGCAUUCAUGGACAAUGGUUGGAAUAGUUCUCAGGUUAAAAUGUCACAAAACUCCUUUACCACACAUUCUCUAGACUUAGUCAUGAGGAGAGUGUGAGGCCCACUCUGUUUCCAGUGGGAAUGCCAGUGAUUCUGAAACAAUAUAUAGCACAGCCUCCAUGCUUCACAACAAAGGGGCAGUAGGGUUCUGUGUUUAAUGUUCUUGAGAGACACAGUGUGAAAGACACCAACUGGUAAAUGUGGGCAUUAAUGGAAAGGUCAUUUGUGGUCAGGUCUGUGAACUAGUGGUGCGGUGUAAAUCCAAAAGUUCUCGGGUGUCACAUUAUUUCAUGCUACCAAUUACACUCACCAUCUUGAUGCAGAACCCAAAUCAAUUUAGUUUACUUGUUUGACCUUCUGCGCUCUUAAGUGAACCAUGAGUCAGAGAGGGCUAGCACGCAUAGGUUGCAUGAGAUGGGAUGGGGUGACCUAGCUCGUGUCUUUUUCCCACAAGGGUUCAUGUCCAAAACUCCACGAGAUCAGUGUUAUGAGGACUCUGCGUUGGGCACUGUGGUAAUACAGGGGACAUAAGGCCCUGCUCUGUAGUCUGCAUUUGUGGAAAUGAGCUUAUGUGCAUAGAAGACAUCAAUACUGGUUGGAAUUGUGAGGCAAAGGUUUAAGUGUUAGGGAUUUAAAGGAAGGAGCUCAGUGAGGGCCCGAAAUCCCUUUCUGGAGGAGGGGGCAGUUCAGUUGUGUCUCAGAGGUUGGCUGAGUACCAAAUGAGAAAUGAGAGAGAGGAAAGAGUUGCCUGGUUAGAAGAAAGUGAAGCAACUAAUAAACAUUCGGGUCCUGCUGCCACUAGAGGUCUGUCGUUUGGCUUUAUUUCGUUUGUAAUUUUGGUGAAUCGGUCGAUACUUACUCAGUAAAUGCAUAGAGGCUUAUUUCAUUCAAGCUUUUUCUACAACUGGUUGUUCUGCUUCAAGAGCAGGAUUUCUCAUUGAUAAAGUACCUGCUUAUUAAUGUGAAGCUCCUAGGUUUAUCUGUGCAAUAUUUUAGAGUCUUUAAUGGAUAAAGAUGUGACUACAAAUUCUUAGUGGGGAAUAACUGAUUACAAACUUGCAGAAUCUGAAAGGAGUGACUCCUCUCCGAGGGUUUGUCUUAAUAUUGAGCAGAUGUGGCAGACCAGGUGUCGGCAGAAGUUUCAAAAGUCAGUGGAACAUGGCUUAAACUCUGAGUUACAUGUGAAGGAAUAUUUAUAUAUAAGAGGCACAUUUGAAGUGGCAGAGGGUCCAGAAAAGGUACAAGUACCAACUAUUGAGUGGGAGGAAAUACGAAGCUAUAGGAGUCUCAAUUAGGUCACAAGCAACAAGUCUCCAGAGUGUACUCCCACAUUGUGGUAAGAGUUCUGUACCAGUUUCUUCCUCAAAAAACUUGCAGUAUCCUCAAAAGAAGUAUGAAGAAAAUCCUUAGAAAAGUGUAGAUAAAAUAAGGGAGAAGUGAGCACUUAGCUUUAAAAACAAAGUCAUAAACAUGAAUGGAUCUGAAUGUGUAGACUGCAUCGUGCUUAUCUGAAAUGGACAAGACACUGAAGAAGGGACCAACAAUAGGUCCAUGUUCUAGGUGUGUGUCUUAAAUACAGAUAGGAAUAAUGGCAACACUGUGGAAGUACGUUCUCUUUAAGGAUCCUGAACCCAAAAGAGACAUUUGGUCUUAAGAUUUCAGUUUCCUUGUUCCUUAGAUCUAUAUGUGGGUCAGAUCUCUGGGGAAUCAUAUUUUUAUAUACGUGUCAACUAUAUAUAUUAUAUAAUAUGUAACUAUAAAAUUCAUAUAUAAUGUAUAACGUAACUAUAUAGUGAUAUAUGUGUGUGUAUAUUGUGUGUGUGUGUGUGUGUGUGUGUGUGUAUAACUGAAAGGCAUGGAUGUAGUUCCUAACCCCUUACUCCAAUUUUGUAAAGAGUAUUCCUUUUAUACCACAGCAUGUAGAAAAGUCCUCUGUGGGAGAGAGAUUCUGUUUUCCUGAAUCUGUUAAGAAACUGCGUAUAUGAAAGAAGAUAAACUCUUUUUAGUUGAUUUAACAAGGUGAUUUGGAAAAAAAAAAAAACAACUUGCAAAUUGGCACAAACUCACAGGUCAAGCAUUGAAUAAAAUUAGCUUUGAAAUAAUCAGGUUUGAGGGAAGUGAGAGCUUUAAUAAAGUCAUAGCCUUGGUAUUGCUGUCAUUCCAGCCUGCUGUGGAUUAAAGCCCAAUGGAUGACUCAUUCUUGUGACCACUGUCAAACAGGCAGAGGACAAGUAAAUAUUUCAGGGAGACCUAUCUCAGAAGUGGUUUAGAAUGACUGUGAAUCCUCAGCUCCUCAAGUAGCCGAACACCUUCUCUAUAUUAACACUAAGGAGUAAAAUAGAAACGCAGGAAGCGAAGGGGCUUGCACCACGAUGAGAAAGUGAUUGGGGAAGGGGGAAAAAAAGGAGUUUGGACAUCGCUUCGAUUGACUUACAAUGUGUGCAUGUGGGUUAGUCUCUAGACAAUGUUUAGGCCAGGGCAUUUAAAAAGAAUGGUUUCGCCUCCUGCUUCAUCCCACCCAAGAAUGAAUGAACCCUCUGAAUGUUGGUACACUGAAAAAGUGAAAGUGAUAAAAAUUUCGUCUCUCCACUCAAAAGCUUCUAUACAAGCUCUAAAGCCUACAGAUAAAGACAAUAAAAAUAUAAUUUGAUCUUUUGGUGAAAUGUGUGUGGGGUGUGAGGUAUCAUCCAUGUGCAUGUGAUUCUUAAAAUUACUGGAUCCAUCUGUUUUUGGAAGAUAGAAAAAAAAAGAUGCAAGAACGGCUAACAAUAAAGAUCUUGCCUCAGCAGGAC